CCUGGAAGAAGGAGGAACAUGGAGGGGAGAGGAGCGGGCCGGGGCCGGGCGGCCUAUGAACGCCUCACAGCUGAGGAGAUGGAUAACCAGAGGAGGCAGAACGUGGCCUAUCAGUACCUGUGUCGGCUGGAAGAAGCCAAGCGCUGGAUGGAGGCCUGCCUGAAGGAGGAACUUCCUUCCCCGGUGCAGCUGGAGGAGAGCCUCCGUAACGGAGUGUUGCUGGCUAAGCUGGGCCACUGUUUUGCACCCUCUGUGGUUCCCCUGAAGAAGAUCUACGACGUGGAGCAGCUGCGGUACCAGGCAACGGGCUUGCAUUUCCGCCACACAGACAACAUCAACUUUUGGCUGUCGGCCAUUGCCCACGUCGGUCUGCCUUCGACCUUCUUCCCGGAGACCACAGACAUCUAUGACAAGAAGAACAUGCCCCGGGUGAUCUACUGCAUUCAUGCUCUUAGUCUCUUCCUCUUCCAGCUGGGAUUGGCCCCUCAGAUCCAUGACCUCUACGGGAAAGUGAAGUUCACAGCUGAGGAACUCAGCAACAUGGCCUCUGAACUGGCCAAAUAUGGCCUCCAGCUGCCUGCCUUCAGCAAGAUCGGGGGCAUCCUGGCCAAUGAGCUGUCUGUGGAUGAGGCUGCAGUCCACGCAGCUGUCCUUGCCAUCAAUGAGGCAGUGGAGCGAGGGGUGGUCCAGGACACCCUGGCUGCCCUGCAGAAUCCCAGUGCCCUUCUGGGGAAUCUUCGAGAGCCUCUGGCAGCCAUCUACCAGGAAAUGUUGGCCCUGGCCAAGGUGGAGAAGGCUGCCAAUGCCAGGAACCACGAUGACAGGGAAAACCAGGACAUCUAUGACUACUAUCUUACCCAGGCUGAAAUCCAGGGCAACAUCAACCAUGUCAAUGUCCGUGGGGCUCUAGAAGUCAUUGAUGAAGCCCUGGAAAGACAGAGCUCUGAAGCCUUGCUAGAGGCCCUUCAGGACCCUGCCCUGGCCCUACAAGGGGUGAGAAGAGACUUUGCUGACUGGUACCUGGAACAGCUGAGCUCAGACAGGGAGCAGAAAGCACAGGAACUGGGCCUGGUGGAGCUUCUGGAAAAAGAGGAAGUUCAGGCUGCUGUGGCUGCAGCCAACACCAAGGGUGAUCAGGAGCAAGCCAUGCUCCAGGCUGUGAGGCGGGUCAACAAAGCCAUCCAGAGGGGAGUGGCCGCUGACACCGUGCGGGAGCUGAUGUGCCCCGAAGCCCAGCUGCCUCCAGUGUAUCCCUUUGCCGCCACUGUGUACCAGCAGGAGCUGGCAGUGCUCCAGCAACAGCAGCAGGGGGAGCUCUGCCAGGAGGAGCUCUUCGUGGCUGUGGAGAUGCUGUCGGCUGUGGUCCUGAUCAACAGGGCCCUGGAGGCCAGGGAUGCCUGUGGCUUCUGGAGCAGUCUGGCGGAUCCUGCCACCGGCCUGGCGGAGGUGGAAGGAGAAAAUGCUCAGCGGUACUUUGAUGCCUUGAUGAAGCUGCGACAGGGGCGUGGAGUAGAUGGGACCUUCCUGAGCUGGAAUGACCUGCAGGCCACCGUGAGCCAGGUCAACGCCCAGGUCCAAGAAGAGACCGAUCAGGUCCUUGCGGUCAGUCUUAUCAAUGAGGCUCUGGACCAGGGCAGCUCUGAGAAGACCCUGUCGGCCCUGCUGCUUCCUGCAGCUGGCCUGGAAGAUGUCAGCCUUCCUGUUGCUCCUCGGUAUCAUCUCCUCCUUGUGGCAGCCAAGAGGCAGAAGGCCCAGGUGACAGGUGAUCCUGGAGCUGUGCUGUGGCUGGAGGAGAUCCGCCAGGGAGUGGUCAGAGCCAACCAGGACACAAGCACAGCUCAGAGAAUGGCCCUCGGUGUGGCUGCCAUCAACCAGGCCAUCAAGGAGGGCAAGGCGGCCCAGACAGAGCGGGUGUUGCGGAACCCUGCCGUGGCCCUCCGAGGAGUGGUUCCUGACUGUGCCGAUGGCUACCAGCGGGCCCUGGAGGGUGCCGUGGCCAAGAAGAGGCGUGCAGGGGACACAGCUUUCUGGGUUCAACAUGACAUGAGGGAUGGCACCGCCUACUACUUCCACCUGAAGACCUUCCAGGGGACCUGGGAGAAACCCCUCAACGGCCACCUCCACACCUCCCACCUGAGUCGUGAAGAGAUCCAGUCGGCCAUCACCAAAGUCACUGCUGCCCAUGACCGCCAGCAGCUCUGGAAGGCCAACGUCGGCUUCAUCGUCCAGCUGCAGGCCCGCCUCCGUGGCUUCCUGGUCCGCCAGAAGUUUGCUGAGCGUGCACACUUUCUGAGGACCUGGGUCCCAGCCGUCAUCAAGAUCCAGGCUCACUGGCGGGGUUACAGACAGCGCAAAAUUUACCUGGAACAGUUGCAGUAUUUUAAAGCAAACCUGGAUGCCAUAAUCAAGAUCCAGGCCUGGGCCCGGAUGUGUGCAGCUCAGAGGCAAUACCUGAGGCGCCUGCGCUACUUCCAGAAGAAUGUUGACUCCGUUGUGAAGAUCCAGGCAUUUUUCCGAGCCAGGAAAGCCCGGGAUGACUACAGGAUGUUGGUGCACGCAGCCCACCCCCCCCUCGGUGUGGUGCGCAGGUUUGCCCACCUCCUCAACCAAAGCCAGCAGGACUUCUCAGCCGAGGCCGAGCUGCUGAAGCUGCAGGAAGAGGUGGUCAGAAAGAUCCGCUCCAAUCAGCAGCUGGAGCAGGACCUCAACCUCAUGGACAUCAAGAUCGGCCUGCUGGUCAAGAACCGGAUCACCCUACAGGAAGUGGUCUCCCACUGCAAGAAGCUGACCAAGAAGAAUAAGGAGCAGCUGUCAGAUAUGAUGGUUCUGGACAAGCAGAAGGGAUUAAAGUCGCUGAGCAAAGAGAAACGGCAGAAACUAGAAGCUUACCAGCACCUCUUCUACCUGCUCCAGACUCAACCCAUCUACCUGGCCAAGCUGAUCUUUCAGAUGCCACAGAAUAGGACCACCAAGUUCAUGGAGGCAGUGAUUUUCAGCUUGUACAAUUACGCCUCCAACCGCCGGGAGGCCUACCUGCUGCUCCAGCUGUUCAAGACUGCGCUGCAGGAGGAAAUCAAGUCAAAGGUGGAACGGCCCCAGGACAUAGUGACAGGCAACCCCACGGUGGUGAGGCUGGUGGUGAGAUUCUACCGAAAUGAGCGGGGACAGAGCGCCCUGCGGGAGAUCCUGGGCAAGGUUAUCCAGGAUGUGCUGGAGGACAAAGUGCUUAGCAUCCACACAGACCCCGUCCACAUUUACAAGAGCUGGAUCAACCAGACUGAGGCCCAGACGGGGCAGCGCAGCCGUCUCCCCUAUGACGUCACCCCCGAGCAGGCCUUGAGCCACCCCGAGGUCCAGAGAAGGCUGGACAUCUCCCUGCGCAACCUCCUUGCCGUGACUGACAAGUUCCUCGUGGCCAUCGUUUCUUCUGUGGACCAAAUUCCCUACGGGAUGCGGUAUGUGGCCAAAGUUCUGAAGACAACCCUGGCGGAGAAGUUCCCCGAUGCCACAGAGACUGAGGUCUAUAAGGUGGUGGGGAACCUGCUGUACUACCGCUUCCUGAACCCCGCUGUGGUGGCUCCUGACGCUUUUGACAUCGUGGCCCUGGCAGCGGGCGGUGCCCUGGCCGCCCCCCAGCGCCAUGCGCUGGGGGCCAUAGCCCAGCUCCUGCAGCACGCGGCGGCUGGCAAGGCCUUCUCUGGGGAGAGCCGGCACCUGCAGGUGCUGAAUGACUACCUGGAGGAGACACACCUCAAGUUCAGGAAGUUCAUCUGCAGAGCCUGCCAGGUGCCAGAGCCAGAGGAGCGCUUUGCGAUGGAUGAGUACUCAGACAUGGUGGCCGUGGCCAAGCCCAUGGUGUACAUCACAGUCGGGGAGCUGGUCAACACGCACAGGCUGCUGCUGGAGCACCAGGACUGGGUCGCUCCUGACCACCAGGACCCCCUGCACCAGCUCCUAGAGGACCUUGGGGAGCUGCCCACCAUCCCUGACCUCAUCGGGGAGAACAUAGCUGCAGAUGGGCACGUGGAUCUGAGCAAGCUCGAAGUGUCCCUGACACUCGCCAACAAAUUCGAAGGGCUUGAGGCAGAGGCUGACGACACCAAAGCCCAGAGCCUGCUUCUAAGCACCAAGCAGAUGUUGGCCGAUAUCAUACAGUUCCACCCUGGGGACUCCCUCAAAGAGAUCCUGUCCCUCUCGGCUACCGGAGAGCAGGAAGCAGCCCACAAGCGUCUCAUGUGCCGGCGCCAGGCCUGUGAAGCCCAGACCCCCGAGGCUCUGCGUCGACACCGCUCCUUCACGGCUCACUCCCUCCUGCCCCUGGCAGAGAAGCAGCGGCGUGUCCUGCGGAAUCUGCGUAGACUAGAGGGCCUGGGGCUGGUCAGUGCCGGCGAUGGCUAUCAGGGACUGGUGGAUGAGCUGGCAAAGGACAUCCGCAACCAGCGCAGGCACCGGCAGCGGCGGAAGGCAGAGCUGGUGAAGCUUCGGGCCACGUUCCAGGCCCUGAGCACGAAGACGGCCUUCUAUGAGGAGCAGGGCGACUACUACAGCCAGUACAUCCGGGCCUGCCUGGACCACCUGGCCCCCAGCAACAAGAGCUCCAGGAAGGGGAAGAAGCAGCCGUCUCUUCAUUACACUGCUGCCCAGCUCCUGGAGAAGGGCGUCCUGGUGGAAAUCGAAGAUCUCCCCACCUCUCACUUCAGAAAUGUCAUCUUUGACAUCACCCCUGGCGAUGAGGCAGGAAUGUUUGAAGUCAACGCCAAGUUCCUAGGUGUGGACAUGGAACGAUUCCAGCUUCACUAUCAGGACCUCCUGCAGCUCCAGUAUGAGGGCGUGGCUGUCAUGAAGCUCUUCAACAAGGCCAAGGUCAAUGUCAACCUUCUCAUCUUCCUCCUCAACAAGAAGUUCCUGCGGAAGUGAUGGAGGCAGUGGUGCCACGCCAGACGCCCUCUCCUUGCUGGACGUCCUUCCUCGACACUAACCUGCUACGGUCCCCGCAGACAUGCCCAGAGUCAGGACCGGGCAAGGCUCAGGGACUCUCCCCCUAGUCCCGUUGCCAGAGUCCGCCUCCCUGGCCACACAGUAUUGCUUCUUAUGGCGUAAGUGGGCCUGGCCUCUGGGUCUGGCUGCGUGGCUCUUACCACACAGGACCAACCCGUGACCCAGCCAGCAGGGGAUGAACCUAGGGCUUCCAUCUUUCCUAGGAAGGCUGCUGCUCUUGGGUCUGCCACUGCCUCCCAGGGUCACCCCAAUAUUACAAGCACUGCCCCAGCAGCCUGAUUUCCCCUCUCCCUACCUUCUCUCUGCAGACCCUCAAAGCCUGGGCCGGGCUCCAUACCCUGCCUCCCACUCCAUCAUCAGGGGGUGGUCCUGCCCUAGCCUGGCCACGCUGCGGCUCAACACCACAGCACACGUUCCGACCCCUCGCCCACACCCCCGCAGGGACCAGGGAAUGCAGUGUUUAUGGGUGCCCAUGUGGCAUCGUUGUCCUCUGGGGCAGGAUGGACAAGGUGGCCUUCCAUGACCCUCAAGCCUCGCUGUGCUUAUGGUCUGUUUACAUGUGGGUCCCUGGGGUAUUUAUUUUCUCUCCCAUCCUUCUGCUCCAAGCCAGUGUACAGCCUUAAUCACGAUUUUAAUUCUUUCAUCUUCUUGAGCUCAAAGAAAGACUUCUCAUUUGCCCUGUUCAAACCAAUAUCCAUGCUGGUCUUUCCACCUGGUGUUGCAGUCACCUUGGGUCAGGGCAGUAGGGUUCCUGCUGGUGUUUAAAAUCUCGUUAUCUCAGCUUCCUUCGGUACAAAGAGCCGUCUCACUUUUCCCUCCCACCCUCAGGACUCUUAGGCCUUACAGCUGUCUCCUCAGGUUCUACAGAUCUGCAGGCUCACUCUGCCACUCUCUGUCCACCCCACCUCUCCCAACUUCCUGUCCCUGUUGCCCUUCUGAUUUCUUCUUAAUAAAAGCAGCUGUCAGCCUCA